GGUCGCAAACCUCAUUUUAUCCAACAGGUCUGUCGUACGUGACGUUUGCUGGUCAUUAAUAUGUAGGUAGGUAUUAACAUAUUCAGCAGUUUGAGUAGCAGGCUGUUCUGCAGCGUUCCAUGCGAGUGAGCAAGAAAAGAAAGCUUAGGGUAGUAUCGCGGCUGGUGGAGGAACCAGGGGAGGAAACGUGAAGAAUGGCUAGAAACUGACCGUGUUUUUGUCCAGGAAACAAAUCCGAGAAGCGGGGGGAAGACUCCAAAAAAAAAAAUACUGCAACAACGGACGUGGUCUGAAGCGCUGCGUGAACAUUGACUUGGCUGGGAUCUUGGAUAGCCCAACGUCUGAAGUCCGAGUUUAAUGGGACAGAGAAAACGGAAAAAACGUUAGGUGUUUAUUUGUUUUCGGUGGUGACUUAGUGUGUGUGGAGCUUGCUGUCCACGCCGCAUGAAUCUCGACAGGAGCAAUUUCGCCUUCUACCUUUUGUUGCUAGAAGAACGCAAGGCAAACAUAGACAAACAUGUUCAUUUUGAGUGUGAGACCAAAACGGAAAGAGAAAUUUUGUAUUUGCACGAUUUAUUCACUAGUCCACUAAUUGAUCAGAUUUGUUGUUCCAGUCGUUGCCGACAGCGAGAAGACGAAUGAGGCCGAUAUUGUCUUCAUUUUAAGAGAAGCAAUCAAACAACCAUUGAUUUGAAUAGCCUACAUUGGCCGUUUGAGCUCUCCCUUAUUUUAAAACAUGAAAAUUCACUUGUCGGUCAUGCGGAUAUUACUACUCUUUGGAUGGUGUUUCUUACAACAUGGAAUCACCGGCGAAGGGCAAUCGACUCCGGCGACAUGCUCGCCACUCUGCCGCUGCGAGGACGGAGGGGCGGACUGCUCGGGACGGGGACUGACCGCAGUGCCCACCGGCCUAAGCGCUUUUACCUAUUACCUGGACAUCAGCAUGAACAACAUCACAGAGCUUCCUGCAAACGUCUUCCGAAACUUGCCCUACCUAGAAGAAUUGCGACUGGCAGGGAAUGAUUUGGCAUUCAUACAUCCAAAUGCUCUUUCUGGACUUCACCAGCUCAAAGUCUUGAUGUUGCAGAAUAACCAGUUGAGGACGGUCCCCAGUGCUGCCCUGAAAAACCUGCAUUCCCUCCAGUCCCUACGUUUGGAUGCCAAUCACAUCACGGUGGUCCCGGAGGACAGUUUUGAGGGCCUGCAGCAGCUGCGUCACCUUUGGCUGGACGACAACAGCCUGACCGAGGUGCCCAUUGGUCCGCUGCGUCACCAGGGCAACCUGCAGGCGCUGACACUCGCGCUCAACAACAUUGUGCACAUCCCAGACCACGCCUUCGCCAACCUCACCAGCUUGGUUGUGCUGCAUCUGCACAACAACCACAUCCAGGAGAUUGGCAAGAACUGCUUCACAGGGCUGGGGAACCUGGAGACGUUGGACCUGAACUUCAACAAUCUCAUGAGCUUCCCAGAGGCCAUCCAGACACUGCCCAAACUGAAAGAGCUAGGGUUCCACAGCAACAACAUUGCAGUCAUACCAGAGGGGGCUUUCCAUAAGAACCCACUGCUACGGGCCAUCCAUCUCUAUGACAACCCUCUGUCCUUCGUGGGAGUCACCGCUUUCCAGAACCUCUCCGACCUCAGCUCUCUGAUGCUGCGUGGAGCAAGCAUGAUGCAGGAAUUCCCCAGUCUCACUGGCACAGUCAAGCUAGAGAGCCUCACUCUGACAGGAACCAAGAUCAGCAGCAUCCCAAAUGACCUCUGUGAAGUUCUUAGCCUGCUGCGCACCCUGGAUCUGUCCUACAACCAGAUUCAGGCUCUACCAUCCCUACAAGGCUGUAUGAAACUCCAGGAGAUAAGUCUGCAACAUAACCAACUCCAGCAGAUAGACAGGGACACCUUCCAUGGACUCACUGCCCUGAGGGUCCUAGAUCUGAGCCAAAAUCAAAUCAAGUCCAUCCACAGAGAUGGUUUUCUCUCUCUGAGUGGCCUUACCAAUUUGGACCUGAGUCAGAAUGCUUUGAGUAGUGUUCCUACUGCAGGUCUGACUGCCCUUAACCAGCUCAAGCUCUCAGGAAACCUGCAGAUGAAGCAGCCCCUCUCGGCACAGAGCCUGCCCAAGCUACGGUCCAUCUCUGUCCCCUAUGCUUACCAGUGCUGUGCCUUCAUUGGCUGUGACACCCCCCAGAGCGCCACUCAGGAGGCGGCCAGGAAGAGCGCUUCAGGAGGUGAGGAGGAUGUGGAGCGGGUCUCCCUGGUGAUGCACUGCUCUCCUUCUCCAGGAGCAUUUAAGCCAUGUGACCACCUGUUGGGCAGCUGGAUGAUUCGCCUGACGGUCUGGUUCAUCUGCAUUGUGGCUCUCCUCUUCAACAGCCUGGUCCUGGUGGUCACAUUCAGUCGUCGCGGCGACAGCGCCAGUAUCAGCACCGGCAGCGGCAGCGUGAGCGUAGUCAGCCUGCCCGCGCGUCCUCUCUCGUCCGCCCGGCUGCUCGUGGGCCUACUGGCGGCCGCCAACCUGCUGACGGGCAUGUACACGGCAGCGCUGGUGGGCACAGACGCCUGGGCGUGGGGCCAGUUCGCCCGCGUGGGCGUGUGGUGGGAGGGCAGUGCCGCGUGCGCCGCCCUGGGCGCGCUGGCCGUCUUCUCGGCCGAGUGGGCCGUGCUGCUGCUGGCGCUGGCGGCCGUGGAGCGGAGCCUGGCCGUGCGGGCGCUCCUGGGCAAGGAGGCGGGCGUGGGCGGAGGCGCCGGUCACCGCGGUGGCGUCUUGCGCGGGAGCGGAAUGCGCCGGAGGUUUGGCUGGGCCGCGGCUCUCCUGGCCGCGCUGGCCGCUGGCGCGGGGCUGCUCACACUGCUGCCGGCCAGCAGCGGCGGUGACAGCGCCGGCGGAGAGGGCGCGACGUCACCGGCGUCCAUGGCGGCGUCGCCGCUGUGCCUGCCGUUCUCGGGCGCGUCGGAGCGCGACGGCCGCUGGCUGGGCGUGGCGGUGGCCCUGACGCUGCUCAACGCGCUGGCGUACUUGCUGACCGCCGGCGUGUACACUCGGCUGUACUGCGGCCUGGGCCGCGCCCAGCUGGCCGACCCUGAGCAGGCGGCCGCCGUGCGCCAUGUGGCCUGGCUCAUCUUCACCAACUGCCUCUUCUUCUGCCCGGUGGCCGCCUUCUCCUUCAGCCCCCUGCUGGCGGCGACGGGCACUGCGGCCGGCGCGCCGGACAUCGCCAAGUCGGUGCUGCUCAUCUUCUUCCCGCUGCCCGCGUGCCUCAACCCCGUGCUCUACGCCUUCUUCAGUCCGGCCUUCCGGGAGGACUGGCUCCACCUGCGGGGCCGAGGCCGGAGCAGCGGCGUCACCACGGCGACCAUGGGGGGAUGCUGCGGGGCGGCCAGGGGAGGCUCCAAGUGGGUUUCCACGGCGACGGGAGGCGUGGGAGGCAUGGUGGGGGGCGUGACGUGCCAGGGCAGGCUGGAGGACAGGGUGGCAGAGGAUGAGGACGACGAAGAUGACGUGUCACAGACUGGCAGAGGGUACGCGUGCGGGUACCGGCAGCUGGGCAUGGCACCGGCAGUGGCGUGCCAGAGGUGCUGCCAGGUGGCGCUGCUGGCGAGGAACUCUUCGUCGUCCGCCUCGCCCUCCUCCUCCUCUUCCUCGUCUGGCUGCAGACACCUGGUCAAGUCGCACAGCUGCCCCGCCCUGGCUCCUGGCCACGGCCCUGCCGGACACACCCACCACCACCAUCACCACGCUCCUCACGGCCUGCCGGCGCGCCCCGAGGGCUUGUGGGAGAGCGGCACGCCGUCGGCGCAGUCGGAGUACGCAGACGAGGGGGACUCGCUGGUGUCGGACAGCUCCGAGCAGGUGCAGGCGUGCGGACGAGCCUGCUUCUGCCACAGCCGCGGACUGCCCCUCGUCCACUACUCUUACAACCAGCCCCGCGGCAAAGACUGAGCGCUCACACACACACACACACACACACACACACACACACAAAUGUUAUAAUUAGCCCCAAAGCAAACACUGAGCACACAGACACACAGACACACACACACAUACAUACACACACACACACACACACAUACACUUACACAUUACUCUUAUAACCAGCAUCAAAGCAAAGACUGAUCACUCACGCAUGCACACACACACACAAACACACAAACACACAUAGCCACACAUGCACAUACCUACAUAAUAAACUAAAUACCGGUAAUGACUGAAUACAUACACAUCCAGUAAAGUACACACAGAAUACACACCUCAUGUAGCUAGUACCGAAUAAAUGACUGACCUCACAUACAUGCUUCACCUCACACGCACACACACACUCACACUAUCAGUCAGCUCAGGAAGCACUUUUUUCAGACAUGAGUAUGAGAUAUUGGCCUGUUAUUUUCAUUAAAAGGGAAUUGGACAGUAAGACAAAGCCUUGCUGAGCUGGAAGUAUCUGGCUAAACACACACACACACACACACACACAUACAUACA